AUGAGGGUUGUGCUGCUCCUGGGGUCCCUGCUCAUGGGCCUGGACUCGGUGAUCUCGGUGCCCCCUUGGAAGACCCCCAAGGAGUUUAAGCUGGGAGCCAGAUCGGGAGGUGGAGCUCCCACAGCAGGUGUUGUCACGGUGUCCGGGGUACCCUGCCACUUCCCUUUCCAAUACCACCGCCGACUGUACCACACCUGCACCCACAAGGGCCGGCCGGGCCACCGGCCCUGGUGCGCUACCACACCCAACUUCGAUCAGGACCAGCAAUGGGAGUACUGCCUGGAACCCAAGAAGGUGAAAGACCACUGCAGCAAACACAACCCGUGCCAUGGAGGAGGGACGUGCGUGAACCUGCCCAGCGGCCCGCACUGCCUGUGUCCGGAGCCCCUCACUGGCAAGCAUUGUCAGAAAGAAAAGUGCUUUGAGCCUCAGCUCCUCCGCUCUUUCCACGAGCACGAGACGUGGCUCCGCGCCGAGCCCACUGGGGUGGCCAGAUGCCAGUGCAAGGGUCCUGAGGCCCACUGCAGGUCACUCGCCAGCCAGGCCUGCAGCCGCGAUCUUUGUCUAAACGGAGGCCACUGCCUGGAGGCUGAGGGCCACCCGCUGUGUCGGUGCCCUGCGGGCUAUUCUGGAACUUUCUGCGAGUUGGACAUGGAGGCCAAAUGCUAUGAAGGCCGAGGUCUCAGCUACCGGGGCCUCGCCCAGACCACCAUCUCUGGAGCCCCCUGUCAGCGGUGGUCCUUCGAGGCCACCUUCCGAAACAUGACCCAGCAGCAAGCACUGAUCUGGGGACUAGGCCAACACGCCUUCUGCCGGAACCCAGAUAAUGACACCCGCCCUUGGUGCUUCGUCUGGAGUGGCGACAGGCUGAUCUGGGAGUACUGUGACCUAGCACCGUGCCCGUCCCCAUCCCCACCCUCGCUCCCCCUGGGGCGGCAGGAGCUGCCCAUGCCCAGGCCGUCGGCCACGACCCCUGCUCCCCUUCCAUCCCAGUCCCCAGGUACUGAGGCAGAGGAAGGAGAUCCCUCGGCCCUGCCCAGGGUAGGCUCCUUGGCCUGUGGACAGCGGAUCCGGAAGCGCCUGUCCCCACUCAGCCGCGUGGUUGGCGGGCUCGUGGCUCUGCCCGGGGCGCACCCCUACAUUGCUGCACUGUAUUGGGAUCACAGUUUCUGCGCGGGUAGCCUCAUCCACUCCUGCUGGGUGCUGACCGCGGCGCAUUGCCUGCAGAACCGGCCUGCACCCGAGGAACUGAGUGUGGUACUUGGCCAGGACCGGUACAACCAGAGCUGUGAGCAGUGCCAGACAUUGGCCGUGCGUUCCUACCACCUGCACCAGGCUUUCUCAUCCAUCACCUACCAGCAUGACCUGGCCCUUCUGCGCCUGCAGGAGGGCCCUGACGGCAACUGUGCACGCCUGUCGCCUUUUAUUCAACCCGUAUGCCUGCCCAGCAGCCCUGCCCCAUCCUCUGAAGCCCAGGCCUCCCUCUGCGAGGUGGCCGGCUGGGGCCACCAAUUCGAAGGGGCAGAGGAAUAUUCCACGUUCCUGCAGGAAGCUCAGGUCCCUUUCAUCUCCCUGGAGCGCUGUUCUGCCUCCCAUGUGCACGGAGAUGCCAUCUUUCCAGGAAUGCUCUGCGCUGGCUUCCUCGAAGGGGGCACCGAUGCAUGCCAGGGCGACUCUGGGGGCCCGCUGGUGUGUGAGGACCAGGAGGCAGAAGGCCGACUGACCCUGCGAGGUAUCAUCAGUUGGGGCUCGGGAUGUGGCGAUCGCAACAAGCCAGGCGUGUACACGGAUGUGGGCAGCUACCUGGAGUGGAUCCAGGAGCACACAGCCUCCUGAUACUUGGCCAUUGUCUCCUGGAUGGCUCUGGAAGAGUGGCUGGGGUGUGAUCAUGGAAAAGAUGGUGAAGAAUGUGUUAC